UAAAGGAACAAUUAUUUGUUUUCUACAGUAAACAAAACCUCAUUUAUUCACUUCAGUUCAUCGCAUGAACUGUUACAGGCGACUGUAAGUAACAACUAUUAUUUUAAUAUUACCCAAAUUUAAAAAUAGAAAAAAAGAAAAGAAGAAGCUAUUUUAAUAAAAUCAAAUCAAAUCAAACCCAACACUCACACUCGCACACUUGUUGAAAACCCUAGAUUGGAUCCUGAGAUCCGUUCCACAACAAAAUGACUUGGAAGAAAGCACGUGAGCGAGAAAUGCUAGAAUCCGUCAUCGCACUUGUCUUCAUACUCGUCGCCUGCGUUGAACUCUGCGACGCCGCCACCGUUGUCGACGUCUACCGUCUUAUUCAAUACGACAUCUCCGGCGUCCCCUUUGGAUCUCGUCUCGCCACUCUCAACCACCACGCCAGCUCCUUGCAUUUCCCUCCUGGUGCUGAUCUUUCCCGUACUGUCCUUAUCAUCCCUAUUCGCGAACUCAAUCUCACUUCUCUUAAAGAGUAUAUCACUGAAAGAAAGCCAUUAGGAGGACUGUUGUUUUUGCUCCCUCAAACAUUAUAUAAUCUGCAGAAACGAGGUGUUGAGUAUCAAUCAUACGAUCUGGAGCUUCUCAAGACUCUAUUAGCUGAGCUUGAACGCUUACUUAUACAUGCCAGCGUACCUUAUCCAGUGUAUUUUGCUUUUGAGGAUGACGACAUUGAUGCUGUAUUGACUGAUAUCAAGAGGAAUGAUAUUACUGGUCAACCGGCUACUGCAACUACUGGCGGAUUCAAGCUUGUCGUCGCAGCACCAGAGCCUAAGAGAAUUGCAUCCCCCACUAUCACAAACAUUCAGGGAUGGUUGCCUGGUGUAAAAGUGGAUGGAGAUUCAAGUCAACUUCCAACUAUUGCUAUCAUAGCAUCAUAUGAUACAUUUGGGACUGCUCCUGCAUUAUCAGUUGGAAGUGAUAGCAAUGGAAGUGGCAUUGUGGCUCUUCUUGAAAUAGCUAGGUUAUUUUCUCUUCUUUAUUCAAAUCCAAGGACAAGGGGAAGAUAUAAUUUACUUUUUGGGCUAACAUCAGGCGGACCUUAUAACUACAAUGGAACUCAGAAGUGGCUUCGUAGCUUUGAUCAACGCUUACGUGAGAGCAUUGAUUAUGCUAUUUGCUUAAAUAGUAUUGGCUCAUGGGAUAAUGAGUUGUGGCUUCAUGUGUCUAAGCCUCCUGAAAAUGCCUACAUUAAACAAAUUUUUGAAGGUUUCUCUAGUGUAGCAAAAGAGCUGGGCUUUGAAGUUGGACUGAAGCACAAGAAAAUCAAUAUUUCAAAUCCUAGAGUAGCUUGGGAGCAUGAACAGUUUUCAAGGCUGAGGGUCACUGCUGCCACUCUCUCUGAACUCUCUGGUGCACCUGAAAUGUUGGAAAGCACUGGAGGUCUGUCUGAUAGCAGAUAUUUUGUAAAUGAAACUGCAAUUGUCAGAAGUAUCAAGUUAGUCACCGAAAGUAUUGCGAGGCAUAUUUAUGAUCAUCAAGGGAAAAACAUAAAAAUCUUUGCAGACAACAGUAGUUUGGCUGUAAAUCCUUCUUACAUACGCUCAUGGUUGGAUCUUUUGUCACAAACACCUCGAGUGGCGCCAUUUCUCUCAAAGAAUGACCCAUUUGUAAUGGCAUUGAAAAAGGAACUAGAAGAUCAUGUUCAAGAAGUAAAUGUACAGCAUGAAGUGCUUGAUGGAAUGUUCACAUUCUACGACUCGACUAAAGCUAAGCUGAACAUAUAUCAGGUUGCUAGUGUAACAUUUGACUUGCUGUUGCUUCUGGUGCUGGGAUCAUAUUUGAUAGUGCUUUUCAGUUUUCUCGUCAUCACAACUAGGGGUCUUGAUGAUCUUAUAAGCUUAUUCCGACGACCUCCCUCUCGUAAGAUGAAAACGGCAUGACAACUGGAAAAGAGAUAUGGUCCAGAGAAUUCUCUCACUGAAGACUAUCUCGGUAGCUUAGAACUUCCCUGCCUGCCACGGAGGAGUUUGUUGGGGAUAACUUGCAUUGUGUUGUUGAUUAGUUCAGAAUCACAAGGGAUCAUUUGAGAUUUUUGGCCCUAGGAAGAUAUGUAAUAGCUUUUGUGCCAAAAUAGGUGCGACAAAAUUUUGAUAAGAUACAUUUUUUAAAUGAUACUAUUAAGAUGUAAUUUUGAGGACAAUGAUAAUGCAAUGCUACAUUUUUGGCGCA